AGUUCCCAGUCUGCUGCGCUUUUACGCACACUAAGAUGUGCGUACGUACCUCCCUGUGUCGGUGCGCGCAGUGGGCUUCACUCUUUUUGCUCAUAUUUAUUGAGAGUGUUUUAACUUUUGAGAUUACAUUGCUUCACACCAAUGAUUGUCACGCACGUAUUGAGGAGACCAGCCGGGACUCGGGAAAAUGUGGCCCCAAGGGUCCUUGCUUUGCAGGAGUUGCCAGGAGGUACACUAAAAUAGAAGAAAUUCGGAAUCUGGAACGGAACGUGCUGCUUUUGGACGCGGGAGAUCAGUAUCAGGGGACCGUAUGGUUCAACUAUUACAAGGGCGAAGAGGCGGCGUAUUUCAUGAACAAGCUCGGAUAUAAUGCCAUGGCAUUUGGGAACCAUGAGUUUGACAACGGAGUGGAGGGUCUCGUCGAACCCUUUCUGCAGAAGGUAAACUUCACUGUGCUCAGUGCCAAUAUCAAGGCAGACCAAGUCCUGGCCCCAGCCAUUAGUGGCUACUACCAACCCUACAAGGUGUUUACUGUGGACUCUGAGAAGGUGGGCGUUGUGGGUUACACCACAGCAGAAACCCCACAGUUAUCCUUACCAGGUCCACACCUGAAGUUUGAGGAUGAGGUGGAGGCUCUGCAGCUGCAAGUGGAUAAACUUCUAACCCUGGGGGUCAAUAAAAUCAUUGCCGUCGGUCACUCUGGGUUUGACAUGGAUAAAAAGAUUGCCAAGCGAGUGAGAGGAGUAGAUGUUGUGAUUGGAGGACACACCAACACUUUUCUCUACACGGGCAACGCCCCAUCCUCAGAGGUUCCCGCAGGUCCCUAUCCAUUCAUGGUGCGGUCAGAGGAUGGGAGAAACGUGCCGGUGGUCCAGGCUUUCGCUUUUGGGAAAUACUUGGGAUACCUUAAGGUGACCUUUGACCCAAAAGGGAACGUGCUGAAGGCUGCUGGGAACCCCAUCCUGCUGGAUAGCAACAUUGCCCAGGACGCAGGUAUUCUGGCUGAGGUGGAGGAGUGGAAGAAGAACCUGGCCCAGUUCUCUUCAGAGUUUGUGGGAAAGACCUUAGUGUACCUCAAUGGUACCUUUGAAGAGUGUCGCUUCAGAGAGUGCAACCUUGGAAACCUAAUCUGUGACGCUAUGAUUAAUCACAACAUCAAGUAUUCAGAUGAGGUCCAGUGGAAUCACGUGGGCUUGUGCAUCCUGAACAGUGGAGCCAUAAGAAAUUCAAUAGAUGAACGCUACAAAAAUGGAACCAUCACCAUGGAGGAAGUUCUUUCAGUCUUACCGUUUGGCAUUACCUUUGACCUGGUCCAACUGAAGGGCUCAACUCUGAAAAAGGCUUUUGAACACUCAGUCAGGAGAUAUGGCAGUAACUCUGGAGAAUUCCUCCAAGUUUCAGGAAUCCAUGUAGAAUUUGACCUCUCACGACCCUCUGGGGACCGAGUGAAAUCCCUGAGCCUGCGAUGUACCCAGUGUCGAGUGCCCACGUACGAGCCCCUGGACCUAAACAGAGACUACAAGCUGGUGAUGCCCUCCUAUAUUGUAGACGGAGGGGACGGCUUCUCCAUGAUCAAGGAGGAGAAACUAAAACAUGACACAGGUGACAUGGACAUCAGUGUUUUCUCCAAAUACCUGUCGGAGAUGAAGCGAGUUUACCCCACGGUGGAGGGACGCAUUCGGGUCCAAAACUCAGUCUUGUCUGCUACUGCCAACCACUGCCUGGUCCUGGUUCUACUGGGCCUUCUGUCGUCCAUCUUUUAAGAGACAUUCAUCUUUCUACAACAAUAUUGGAAAAGGAUAGUCACUGUAAUUAAUUAUAAUAGCACAUUGGGGAUUACAGUAAACAUAUGUGCCGACUAAACCUGUGUCACUUACUAAAUAACAAAUACUGUUAAGAUGUUGAGAAUGCUUUUAAAAUGCUGUUGUAUAAUUGUUUUUGCAACGUCUGGUGUAUAUCCUAAUAACCAUAAACUAUGGUUAUCAAACCAUUGUUGUACUGGGUUUGAAUGCCCUCUUUUCCACUGUCAUACAAUACCAGUAAGGAUUUAAGGGAUGUGAUAUGAUCAUUACCAAGCGCAGAAUUGUAAAUCCACCUUGAUUUAUUUGUAUUUGCCUACUGUACCAUCACUUUUACACAGACCUUUCUACAAUCUUU